AUGCAUGGAGUUAAACGCGUAAAACCUUCAGCUGAAGUAGAAAAACUUAGAAAAGAGCGAGAAGCAAUAAAAAUCAAAGAAUACAAUAAUUUGGUGGCAUCAUGUUUUGCAAAGAAAACUAAUUCUGAAUAUGACGAAGGUGCAUUUGACAUUACUACAAAAAUUUUGUCUCAAAAUCCUGAUUUUUACACUGUUUGGAAUUUUAGGAGAUUGAUUCUUUUGAAUGGAAUAUUUAAAGAUUAUUCAUUUGAAGAAAAACAAGAAAGAAUAGGUUCCGAACUUUUAUUUCUUCAAGAUAUUUUUAAAUUAAAUCCAAAGUCCUAUUGGAUAUUUAAUCAUAGACGUUGGUGUUUGGAAACCAUACCUGAUCCUGAUUGGAAUAAUGAACUUGUACUUGUUGAUAAAAUGUUGGAUAUGGAUCCUAGAAAUUUUCACGGAUGGGAUUAUCGUCGCUACGUAAUAUCUAAACUUACUAGAUAUGGAAAUUUAAAAGACCUCAUACAAAAUGAAUUUGAUUUUACAACCACAAAGAUCAAUCAAAAUUUCUCUAAUUAUUCUGCUUGGCAUCAAAGAAGCAAAUUGUUACCGAAAUUAAUUAAAGUGAAAAAUUUAAAUGAUCAAGAAAUAAAAGAAAUAAUUAAUCGAGAAUUUGAACUUGUUAAGUCAGCCUUUUAUACCGAUCCCGAUGAUCAAAGUUCUUGGCUUUAUCAUCGGUGGUUAAUAGGUCGAGAAAUUCGACACAUUUCUAUUCUUGGUGCUUAUUUCAAUCGAAAGAGAUGCCAAAUCAUUUUGGUUUUUGAUGAUGAAAUUGGAAUUUUGUCUCCUUUUCAAGUAUUUUGUAAAAGCGAAAAAUCAUCCACUAUAAAUAAAAUUAAUGGAGAUUGGCAGUCUCUUGGUGUUGUGGAAGGAGGAGAAGUUAAUAUUGGGGGUAAAAUGUAUGGGUUUGUUUGGAUAUUUACAUUUUCAAAUAAAGAUAUAGAAAUUGAAGAUUUCACGGAAUUGUUUUUCACUGUGAAACCAGAAUGGAUAGUUUCAUCAAAUUCUGAAACAAUAUUAAAUAAAAUUAUUCAAAGAGGUUGUACUAUUAAGAAAUCAGAAAAUGAGAAAGAUAUUCUAAUAUCGAUGGCAUCAAAGACUGUUAUUGAAGAUGUAUUUGAACAAACAGUCACUAUUUCUUCAGAUUUAAUUCAUUUUGAAUCUCAAGAAACAUUGCCAAUCGAUAAAUCUGAGAGAAUAAUUCUUUUGCAACGUGAGAUUUCCACAAUAAGAGAAUUAUUGGAAUUAGAACCGGAUAGUAAAUGGUGUUUGCAAACUUUGGCAAAUCUUUUACGUGAAUUUAAAUACAUUGAUAAUUCAAAAGAAGUUAGGAAUGUUGAAGAAGUUGAUGAAAUUGUUGCAAUAUAUGAUAAAUUAAUAAUUAUUGAUGAAAUGCGUGUUAAACGAUUUGAAGAUUUACGAUCUAAAAUUAUUUUUGAAAAUUCAAUAAGAAGGUUCGUUCAAUCUGCAGAUGACGUAACUUCAGAAAUACAACAAAUCUUAGCCGAGUCCUCAGAUAACUUUUUAAAUAUAUUCAAAAAACUCUUCUGUAAACCAUAUCACUUAAAUUAUAAAUAA